GGGCGUCGUUGACGCCGCUUGUCAACGUCGUCGGCGACGCCGUCGCGAAAUCGCGCUACCGAUUUCACUCGUUCGCUCCGUUCGCCCGUUCACCACGUCGUCGCCGUCGUCGUAGUCGUAGUCGUAGUCGUAGUCGUAGUCGUAGUCGUAGUCGUAGUCGUAGUCGUCAUCAUUGUCAUCAUCAUCGUCAUCAUCGUUAUCGGAGUUUAGUCUCUCAUACAUACUCGCACAUUGUCCGCGCGACGAUUGACGAUGAUUGAAGAUACGUAACGUCCGUCCCUUUUCCUCCUUCUCGCUCCGUUUCUUUCUCUCUCUCUCUUUCUCUCGCGCGCGCUCUCGCCUGUCUCUUUCUCCCUCUCUUGCCUCUCGCACGCGCCUUUGACAAUCUCGUUGUCGUCAUCGUCAUCGUCAUCGUCGUCUUUCGCCGCGCUCUGUGUUGACACAGCGGAUCCCCGAUUCCCUUUCGUUUCCCACUUCGUGGGACUCUAAUGGUCGAUGGAUCGUCGUUUCUCGUCGGUCGCAUCACGAGUAUCACGACGAACAACACACACGGUGCACAGCGCCUCGCCUCGCGCAUCCUCGCGCGCCCGUGCCACGUCUCCUUCCGCCUGCCUCGUCGUCGCUUCGUUUUUCUAUUUCCUCUCUCUCUCUCUCUCUCUCUCUCUCUCUCUCUCUCUCUCUCUCUCUCUCUCUCUCUCUCCUUUUUCUUUAUUCUCGCUCUAUCGCGUAUGUAUUUCACCUUCCUCGAUCUACGGAGUCGCACGCGUGGGACACGUCCGAGUUUGACGGCGAAACGGUGUUUUGAAUUUUGACGUUCCAUCCGCGCGACAUCCUUCACUUCCUCUGUUUCUCUUUCUCCCCCUCCUCCUCCUCUCACAUGCUCUCGCUCUUGCUCUCGCCCUCAACUACGUGUGGGCGGUCGUGCCUGCGAAACGUCGUUAAUGGAGGACCGCUUCCACGGCGGUGGCUGCUCCUACGGUGACUCUGCAACUUUGCCGUACGAGCAUCGUGAAAAUAACGGCAUACGUUUCCACCGCGCCGCCGCCACCGCCGUCGCCGUCGUCGCCGUCGUUGUCGUCGCCGUCGCCGCCGCCGUUACGUUCUCGUCAUCGUCAUCAUUGCCGUGCAUUAUACGCGCGCGCCUGUCACGGCACUCCGCACCGCUCCGUUCCGUGUCACGCUCGUCGCAAUCGUCGUCGUCGUCGUCGUCGUCGUCGUCGUCGUCGUCGACGUCGUUGUCGUCGUCGUCGUCGUCGAGAAGCCGCCACCGCCGCUGCCAUCCGCGCGCUAGAACGACGGCGCCCACUAGGAUGUGGCACAUCGGAGGAGAUGGAACGUAUCAUCUCAAAGUGUUGGUUCCCGGCGUGGCAGCCGGGGCCAUUAUUGGAAAAGGUGGCGAUACAAUUGCUCAACUUCAAAAGGAUACAGGGGCAAGGGUGAAGAUGUCUAAAUCGCACGAUUUUUAUCCGGGAACUACCGAGAGAGUAUGCCUUAUCACAGGCACCGUAGACGCUAUUAUGGAAGUCAUGGAGUUUAUCAUGGACAAAAUACGCGAGAAGCCUGAUCUUACUUCGAAGACUACGGUUGACUUCGACUCUGGAAAAGCCACUGCGGAGAGGGAUAAGCAGGUCAAAAUUUUAGUGCCUAAUAGCACUGCGGGAAUGAUAAUCGGCAAAGCUGGAAACUAUAUUAAACAAAUUAAAGAAGAAUCUGGCUCGUAUGUUCAAAUCAGUCAGAAAGCUAAGGAUCUGUCCCUUCAAGAGCGAUGUAUAACGGUGAUCGGUGAGAAAGAAAAUAAUCAUAGGGCGUUACAUAUGAUCUUAGCGAAAGUGGCAGAUGAUCCGCAAAGCGGCACCUGUCUUAAUGUCAGUUACGCGGACGUAAGUGGUCCCGUUGCCAACUACAAUCCUACAGGCAGUCCGUACGCUCAAGCUCCCACAAGCACUCCUACAUAUACAUCUACAGCUGGUUUAAAUACAGUGAGUCUGUUGAACGGCGCUGGUUUGAGUCUCAAUCUGAAUCUGGGCGCGGCUAUCACCGCCGGCACAGCGCCGGUGACGACGCAGUUGCUAGAACAUAUAAAACUGAAUCUACGUACGACAGGUUUCUCCGAGCCCGCCGCUACAGAGAUACUCGCCGCGAUCGCGACUCUCGCCAAGUACAAUAUCCUUGGGAUGGGAAUCGGGAUGCCGUCAAGUAUGAGCUAUUUGGGCAAUCCGAUGGACAGUACGACAACCGCGAACGGCUCGAACAACAACGGCGGUGUGUUCGGACCGAUCGGGACUGUGCCUGCGCUCGGAUCCACCUCGCCGACGCCGCGCAACACCCUUGAUCGGUACGAGCCGUUCGAUCCAUUCCGACAGAACAACACCGCCGCCAGCGCGAUACAUCUCAACAACAAUUCAUUCGGCCUGGGCACUAACCAGUUAUCACUUGUAAAGUAAAGUGCUUGCGACGACAUGUGAAAAGUUCGGCCAAGGCAAGGAGAGAUCAAGGAAGGAAACGGAAGCUUUGUCAGUGUGCACGAUUAAAUUUAACAUGCCCGGUUACAAGCACGUUACAGAGCAAUCUUACGCGCGCAAUGAUGUGUCCGUGUAGUUUUUAUCACGAUGGGGAAUGACAAGAAAUCAGGACGAAGCCGAUUCCCUUCCUAUAUGUGAAACGCGCAUUAACUCGUGCAACACGAAUCUCCUUGCGAGUAUUCCUUUGCGGUAAGAAUCAAAUACAGGAAAGCAGCAUAGAUCACGUAUAUAGAGGCCAUAGCGCGAUCAGCCAGUCUAACAUAAGUAUUCUCUUUAGUGUAACGUUGGUUUAAAGCGUAUCGCCUCUUACAUUUUAAUAACUACAUCGAUAUGUACUACUGUGCGUAGAAUUUGCAGAAUUACGUUCGAAAAUGUUACUUCGCUGCCGGUUCCAAGAGUCAAUUUCUUUACAGUUUGCUUAAUGCAAUCUGUUUAAUCCGGUAUAGCGAGAUACAUUUUGAGAGUAUCUUUAAUUUAAGGUAUUCAUUUUCAAAACCCAGAAAAUAAACAAAGUGUUCGGUAUACAUAUAUUUUUGAAGAUUCGAAAAAUCGACAACGAGAAAAAAAUGUAAAGAAUUUCAAUUUCCAAAGCAUAAUGAUGUGAAACGGGCUUGCUUUUACACUCGCUUCUAGAAAUUGUCACGCUCCAUAGUAGUCCGGAGAUGAGCGAACACAAAUCGCCAUACCAUUGUCGCAGUAACACUUUCGACGGAAUUUUCCGAUGUUGCUUAACGGCGUAAGCGUAUAUACUCUAGUGCACUAGCAUGUGUGUGUGUAUAUAUAUAUGUAUAUAUAUAUAUAUGUGUGUGUGUGUAUCUUCGAUAUAUUACGUAGUAUCGAGAUGUUUAACAAUAACGUCAACAAGUGCACGGUUCCGCGUGUAAACUCGAGCUGUGUGAAAUCGGUCCCUAUGUGCGGCCAAUAUUGAAGCAGAUAUACUUUUGUCGAAUAUUAGGUCGACAAUCGACAUGCCGCAAUAUAUUGUACGUAUAUUAAUACAUAUAUAUAUGUACAAUGUAUAUGUAUUGAUGACAAAACUAUUGUAUCACAUAUUGAUCGCAUAGGUACCGUUUAGUCCUUUCCGAGCCAACGAUUUCAAAAGGAAUCGCUUUCGGCGGGACGUUUCCCUUUAAAUUUUUCAUUCAAAGAUCAUGCAAUCAGCAAUUAUCGAAAGAAGAUAUGAAAAAUAUUUCUCGUUUAUAUAUUUUUGCUACAUUUCAGAGGAAAUCGGCGUACAUUCGGUGUCACGAAUAGGACAAUUCGAUUCCAAUCGGGGAACGGAAAGGACGAAAUAUUCGCACGUGCGUCGUUGAGGAUUUUUCUAAAACGAUCGACGCGGUGAUGUAGCGGCUGCAUCUGCACAAGAUGGCAAAAGCAGUAUUGAUCGGCCAGUCAAUGUUACCUACGAGUUGUUUUAACGAGAGGACGAUGUUAGAGUAGACCGGCAGUCGUCGCCCGCCCUUGUUAGGAGAGUCUUUUAUUUUUUCAUACAGCGCUUUGUUUUGUACAGUUUAAAAUAUAUUUCUCCGUUCGCAAAUAUACUGCUAAGCACGAAAAUCGCGACGCGACGGAUAACGCGCGUGUACGCGUCACUUCACCAGUCGAUAGUUGUAACCGCAGAACACAGUUAAGCAUAGAUUGUGUGUAGCUAGUUUCUUAAAUCUCUUACGAAAUUACGUAAAAAAAGGGAAGAGAAAGGGAAGAUAAUUACGUAUCUGUAUACAUACGUGUACGCUCGCAUGUGCACAUGAGAAUACACAAGAAACGAAUUAAGAGAGGAAAAAUGAAAUUAUAACUCUCGUAAAGAAAUAUAUAUAUAUAUAUAUAUAUAUAUAUAUAUAUAUAUAUAUAUAUAUAUAUACAUAUACAUAUAUAAAUAUAAAAGAAAACGUGGAGGUGUAGCGUAGUAAUCAGGGAACUGUAGGAAUUGCAUUGACUCGCCUCAAUUCUAAUUAUGAAUAUUGUUACAGUAACUAUUAACUGAAUUUGACACUUGUCGCCGUGCGCGGAGGGUGACUCGCGUGUCACGUUACUUGGCUGUGUGUGUUAGGCUACAUCGUAAAAAUCAUGUUCCAUCGUACUUUCAUCGCUCCACUUUGCAUUAAGCUCCAUUGAAUUGGAUGUGAGACGAGAGGGGAAAAACGCGAGAAAAGGAAAACGCAAAAAGAUGCAGGAUGACGGUAUUCGGAGUCGCGUUUUAUGCUAAGGGUAAAAAAAAAAGAACAGAAACUUCUGUCUGUCACCCGCACUCCACACCCAUUAGUGCCAUAUCGAACCCUCUCCAUCUCUCCCCCCAUCCAUCUCCUUUCCUUGCCAUCCAUCGGCCACCACACUUGUUAACGUUUGACAGUAGAACAUGUUGUUAAAGAUAUGUAUAUUCUGCGCGACGCACGCAGGCCGUUUUCAAUAAAAAAAAAUCGGACUAUAUCAUUUAUUUCACAUUAUAUACUGAAUAAUGUUAUGGAGCAGAUACUUUAUUAUACACACCUAUUCUUAGUUUGCAGUACAUGGAAAAUAGGCAUUCUCAUAAUAGCUAAAGAUAGAAAAAGGAAAAGAUACUAUGGAAAGAGUAACAACCCAUGCUGCAAAUUGAGAGGGAUGUUAUUUAAUAGAUACUUUGAUUCCAAUGUCGCGUUACACGUUCGCGUUUCCUGGUUUUACAUAUACACGUAUAGUCAUGUGUCCUAUUUUAGUCUUAUCCUACGUUUGAUCGGUGAUAAUAGCUAAAGUCAGAAAUGCAACAGUGUAUAAAGUGAUUGAUAUAGGCGCAUGGUAAAUUUGGCAAAUUAUAUCGAAAUUAACCAUCGCGAUUGCUGCCGAAGAGAAAAGAGAAAGAUCGAUCGUGUAAAUUUUACCUCAAGGUCAGACAAAUUCAACGAUCUCGCCAAAAACGCGAUGGUUUUAAAGAUCAUUGACGCAAAAAAAAGAAAAAAAUUAUAAAAUGUUCGUAUCAAUGGAUCGAGGGCCUAUAUACCGAUUGACCAAUAGCAGAUUAAAAAAAAAAAAAAAAGAAGCACAGGCAUAUAGAAGUAAAUUGUUCGAGAUACAUGACGGUUAAUUAUUGCUUCAGAAAGAAUGUUGCAUCUGUCUCUGUAAAGUUUCCUCUAAUUGUUAGUUUACUGCCACUUUUUUGCAAUCGUUCACUAUAAUCAAAUAUCUAAAUGAUAGGGCAAAUAUUUGCCGAUAGCCAAGGAAAUCUAUGUAAAACGUUAUAUAACAUUAAGACAUGUUACAUUAAGAUAUCGCUAUAGAGAAGGUCAAAAAAAAAAAAAAUAAAGAAAAAGAAAAGAGUUUAUUUAUUGCAUCCUAUUGCAUUGAUUGACAAUAGCAGAGGCGAAAUUAUUUAUAUAGUACGAAAGUAUAAAGAUUAUCGGAGAUCACAGGCACAGGAAAAAUCAUUCGAUUAAACGUGAUUCGAGAUAUUUCUCAUAUCACGAAUAUUCGUUUUCUUAAUUGUUAGCGACAUUCUCAUGAAGUGUAGCGAGCUAAGCCCAUCUUCUAUUGAGAAAUAAAAAGAGAGUAAAGUAAAAUAAUAAUAAUAUAUUAAAAAAAAGAAAAUUAUGUAUCGAAAACGUAACGAGGCGGCGUUACAAUGUCCGCGGUAACUAGAACGCGCUCGUUAAAACAUAAUUAAGAGGGUUGUACAAAAUUGUAUGUAAUGUUAUUUUGUCGGAAGUGAGAAUAUUAAUAGAGUUAGACUGUUAAUAUGGUAUAUUAUUUUUGGGUAAGCGUAAUGUAAAACAAAAGGAAGAAAAAAACGAAAGGAAAGGAUUAAGAGACACUCGGAUGUGAGAUCGUUGUUGUUGAGGUAGAGGUAGCACAUAGCAGCUCGGGGAUUAAAAUGGAGAAUUAAAGAAAAACAAUUAAAUAACAUUAAGUAGAUAAAGAAAGAGGAGAAGGAGGAGGAGACUAUUGAGUACCUUGUUGAGUAUAAGUAGUCGUAUAUUGCUAUAAAUCGCAAGUGCACAUGGGUGCGCGUGUGCUCUCACCCUACAUAUUCGUUCACACACGUACAUACAUACACACAUACACGCAUACACAUUGUAUAAUGUCAAAAGUGCAUGCUUACACGCGAAUAGAAGAUAUUGCAGAUUGAGAGAGAGAGAGAGAAGGAGAAAGAAAAGGAAAGAGAACGCGCGUUUGCGUUUUACUUUCGCGAUGUUAGUCUUUUCGUGCGUCACAAUUACGACGUACUCGGUGAAUUAUUAGAAAGAGAGGGAGAAAUAGCGUUAUCUUCCAUGAUAUAAUAUAUAUAUAUAUAUACAUAAAUAUAUAUAAUCGAGAUAUAUAUAUAUGAGGGCGAAAGAGAAAGAGAGAGAAAGAGAGAGAGAGCAGCUGGCUGCGAAGGUACCAUAGAGAUUUAUUCGUCUCGCACCGAUGGUGAAAUCACGAUCAAGUAUUGUACCUUACAUUCCUUCGGCUAUAAAGUAAUUUAAGGACAUACACGGACGUGCAUAUGCAUACAUACAUACAUACAUACGUACAUACACGCAUUACACACAUGGCAGCGCGUUUUCUCAUCAUACGUUUUACCGAGUUCGAAUUAUGCUGCACACGAUUAGACGAAGAUCCAUUUUGUCACUCAUUACACAUUCUAUCCCGCAAUUGUGUACACAAGACAGAUUCGGCUUGUUUUCUUUCCUUUUUUUCCUUGUCGACACGACACGAGAAUGACGGUGCAUUACGAGCAAUGGGCAAAAUUGCGUAUUUUUUAAUAUUCCGAGGUGUCUCUCGUCUCUCCGCGAGAGAGGCUGGAGAAAAUAGAAGAGAAAAGGGGGGGGGGAAAGGGUAUUGCGAUUCAGCUAAGAAAAAUCUAAGAUUAUCGAUAUUUACAAUAAGUUUUAAGUAGUAAAAGUAGUCGUAACUCUACGGAAGGUACGGAUACACUUUAGACGAGUAAGGGAUUCGGGGAGGCGAAGCGAAAGAUUGUAAUUCGGCUGUCGUCGCGAGACGAGACGAGAUGAGAUGAGAGAGAACGUCCGUGGUAUCUUUGAUAACGUCGAACUUUUUCCGUCAUCGCGUAAACGUGGUAAUCUCGUGAAUUAACGGGAGAAACUGCUAAAGAUACGACCCUAACAGCAUGAGAUGUUGUAUGAAUAUUCUAGAAUAUUCUAGAUAUCGUACGAACAUUCGUACAAUAUUCGUGAUAUCGUGCGUAUAUUUGUAAAAUGUCACAAUAUUCGUUCGAUAUCUUGUGCUGUUAGGGGAAAGACCGUUUUCACAUUCGUUCGCACGCGAUCCGAAAAUAAUAUCUCGACAGUUCUCAAACGUGUGGAUCGCGCAUAUCUUCGGAUACUCGCGAGCGAGUGCUCAUCGAGAGAGAAAGAGAAAUGUAAUACCAAAAGUCACAAGAGCUGGCGCAUUCUUUUCAAGUCCCCGUUCGAUUCGUCGAUGUGUCAAUUGUUAUUUAUUAGCGGGGUCGGCCAGUCGUGACUCUUGGUACUUUGCUUCGCAUCUGCCGAGUGUCGUGAGAACUGUCGUGAGAACUGUCAUUCGGUGCUCAAAAGUUCGGAAACCGUAACGUAAGGUUCUCCAAACUCGAAAGAGCAACGCUAUACUUUUCGGUUCGAUGGUGCCAGGUCGACGAUACCAGGGACGUUUAUGCGGAGAGAGAUGGUUGUACGGCAAAAAGAUAAUCAUGUGUGAGGGAUUGUGCUAUGGGCAAAAGAAAGCAAAACGAGAGGCACGGUCUUGUCCGUGAGCUGUCAGGGUACGCAUAUUCAUACCGCUCGUAAAGGCUUCGAUAGAGAAUCCUCUAUUUGUUGAUCAAAACACAAAGGAAAAAAAAAAAGAGAGUGAUGAUUAACGCGUUUUACUUUUGCACUUUCGCUCGUCGAUAAAGUUUAUAGAUUGUCUGCUGUCCUGACGUGACCGCUUUGGGCACCACUAUUGUUAUCGAUAAAGUAUAAUUUAGUUCACAGGCAUUUUUUUUUUCCGAGAAGGGCUAAUCUUAAUAUUAUUACUUUACACUCUAACCACAUUUAUUUGCAUCCAUAAAUUGUUAUUCUCUUUCAUCAUCAAUUUAUUCCAUUCAAUGUUGAAUAAUUAUAUAAAAAGAGUAAAGGAGAGAGAGAAAAAAAAGCAAACAGACAAACAUAAUAUAUUAACUAUUUUCACUCAUUGAGAAGCAUCGUUACCUGUAUGACAAGUGACCAUAAUAAGAGCAUAAUAAACAAUCGCUCAUUAAAUGCAUUCUGUUGUUCUUCAUUUCAUGACCUGGCCACCGUCCAUACAUCCAUCCAUUGGUCCAUUCAGUGUCGCAGUAUGAUCAUACGUCAUACGCGUUCUCAUCGUUUCUCAUUCACCAAGAUCUCUCUAGUCUCCGUUCUACGUACUCGACCUAGAACAAAAGACGAAGCACAAUUGUAAUUUUGUGGAAAUUCGGCGGGUCCCUGUUUCGAGUUCCCGCGUUUGGAAUGCACGCGACGAACGAGACGGCCCGGCCUUCCAAAUUUCGACAAAAAAGAAGGGAGAGGAAGAAUUUAAGAAAAACACGUACAAUAGCGAAACGCGGAAAAGCCGAAAGUACAAUAUAGUAGAGUAGCGUGACGCUUGUCGUAUAUACAUUAUUAUUUCGAUCUUUAUAUGGACGCUCGUCAAUCCGAGAUUUCUAGCUUUUUCUAGUGAAAGAGAGAGAGAUGCAGGAAGGCAAUUAAUAUAUCUAGUAAUUUUUAUAAUAAUAAGAAAGCGCGUCUCGUCAUUAUAUUUUAUCUGUUAUUAUUGAUAUGAGAUUUUAUUUAGAAAUUUUUUUUUCUAAAUAACGCGACUUUCCUCGGCGGGGGGAACUAUUCGCAUAUGUUGGUGCCCACCGUGCCGUUUUGCUCUUUCCUCGUUCCCCCGCUCCAUUUUAUUGUAAAAUACUAAAAUGCACGCGCCGCCGAAUAGAAUCACACACGUACGAUAUUUAUGCUCGCGAUGCGGUUUUCGCAGCGAUGCUCUUCGCCGAUUCUGCGUAUAUACGGCCCGAUUUUCCGAAAGGCUGGAAAGAGAGGUAUCAGCGGAGUUUGACACUUGGACCGCCGAGCUAAUUUUGCGCGCGACUGUAAAGCGAGCGGAGUCUCUUGCCGAUGUGUUGCCCUAACAGCACGCGAUAUCUAAUGAAUAUUGUGAUAUCGUAUAAAUAUACGUACGAUGUUAUGAUAUUGUACGAAUAUUCGUACGAUAUCUAGAAUAUUCUAGAAUAUUCGUAUGAUAUUUAGAAUAUUCUAGAAUAUUCGUACGAUAUCUAGAAUAUUCUAGAAUAUUCGUACGAUAUCUAGAAUAUUCUAGAAUAUUCGUACGAUAUCUAGAAUAUUCUAGAAUAUUCAUACGAUAUCUAGAAUAUUCGUAUGAUUUCUAGAAUAUUCGUACGAUAUCUUGUGCUGUGUUAGGAUGUCGCUAUGAUAAAUCUAUAUCUCUUUCUUCCGCGACAGGCGCACGUUAUACAUGUUAUACGAAUGAUAUUCUUUGUUGUUUCUAAUCGAUAUCGUUGUAAAUAUCUAAUAAGCUAGGUCAUUUAUCCGAUCGGGAACGAAGCCUGUCUGUGCAGGUGCAGACGAGGUCUUUGCGGAAAUUCAUCUGUUAUCCACACAUGACGAGGCACUUAAAAUGUUAAGAUAGACGCACAUAUCACACGUGCACGUGAUUUUUUGUAUUUAACAUUCGAACGAACGUUUGUAUUCUUGUAUAUACCACAUAUAUAUAAACACACAUACACAUACACAUACAAUAUGCGUGUAAAGAAUAGCACGCCGACAAUUAGCUGAUACACGUCUUUGUUUUUCUCUUUUUUUUUUCCCUGUUACACAUUCCCAUAGGCGUACAAUCUCGAGCGUAUGAGAGAUGCUAUUCUAACUAGUCAGUAAAAAAAAAAAAAAAAAAUGAAAGCAAAAGAAACGAAAAAUUGUAUUUCUUUUUAU